GCACUGAAAGCUGUCUCCAUCUAGCGGCUCCGCAUCUGCGCGCGCCUCAGCCCUGCAAGAAGCGCAGGAACCACGGAACCCCGCAACCUCCCCGACGCACGCGCCGCACACCCCACCACCCCCUUGCUCUUCUCAUCAGCGUUUCAGCUCAGGUCACGCGCAUUACUACGACCCCUCCUGUUUCACCCUGCGUGGUUUCGUGGAGCGCGCGCAGGCCACUUUGCGCGUGGUGCGGGCAUCUGUGUUUUUUUUUUUUUCCCGCUUUUUUUUGUCGCAUACACACUGCGCCGCAGCUUACGUUCCCGGAGUGUAAGCGACCACGCUGCCGGCUCCUGAGGGGGGCUUGGUUUCACUGAGCACGUGACACGCCUUGGACAGAAGCUCGCGCUCUCCACCGCACGCGCACAUCUCUGCGCUGGUGGCUCGGAGAGAGAGGGGGUGAACGGAGCAACUUCAGCAGCGCGCGCGUCCGUCUCGUGCCCGUGGUAGACGCCGGUUCAGCGCUGCUGUCCUGCCAGCCGUGGGGUGCAUUUUGUUUCUGGACCUGUGGAAGGCUGAUGGAGUAGAGGCGAGCGGGGACGGACACGGAGAGCCGGACUGGAUUUCUUUUCCACGCUGAACGCGCACACGCGCUGCGGUCAGGGGGGCUCUCUCGGCGUUGUAUGAAUGGACCGCUGUGAGGCUCUGCUGGAGAGUAUCGCUGUUAAACGCAGAGGCUGCUGCUGCCGCGCGCCGGCACCGUUUUCCGAAGUGCCCUUGGCUGAGCGCGACCGAGCGCUGCGCCCGAAUCGCCUUCACAAACUACCUGAGUGCUGAACUUGUUGCUGCACCCUCUGCGGCGCGCGCGGGGAACAUUUAGGGCACUUUUUUGCUUUUUUUUUUUUUUACUUUCAGUCUGCGUAUUUUCAGGGCUCGAGAGAGGACCGCGAUUCAUGCCAACUGCUUUGGGCUUUUGACUUUCAGAGCACGAGUGGAUUUAUGUGGAGAUGUCCUUUGCCUUCGUGGCGGACCUGUGAGUGCAGUCCGGAGUGAGCCUUGAGUGUGCCUGAGCCAGACCACCUCGUGCCCACCAGCUCACCAUGGCGGCCGGAGUCGCAGCAUGGCUGCCCUUUGCGCGCGCUGCGGCCAUAGGCUGGAUGCCCGUGGCCAGCGCACCCAUGCCCCCUCCUCCACGUGAUAAGAGGCACACCCGGGACGAGCUGAUCAUCCUCAAUGUGAGUGGCAGCCGGUUCCAGACGUGGCGCAACACACUAGAGAGGUACCCAGACACCCUGCUGGGCAGCACAGAGCGUGACUUCUUCUACCAUGAGGAGACCAACGAGUACUUCUUUGACCGUGACCCGGAUAUCUUCCGGCACAUCCUCAACUUCUACCGCACGGGCAAGUUGCACUACCCGCGCCACGAAUGCAUCUCAGCAUAUGACGAGGAGCUGGCGUUUUUCGGCAUCAUCCCUGAGAUCAUUGGUGACUGCUGCUAUGAAGAGUACAAGGAUCGGCGCCGGGAGAAUGCUGAGCGCAUCCAGGAUGAUGAGGAUAAUGAGAAUGGCAAUGACGUGACACAGUUGGACCUCACCAUCCGCCAGUCCAUGUGGCGCGCCUUUGAGAACCCGCACACCAGCACCAUGGCCCUAGUCUUCUACUAUGUCACGGGGUUCUUCAUUGCCGUAUCCGUGAUGGCCAACGUGGUGGAGACGGUGCCAUGUGGCACAGGGAGCAGGGCCAAGGAGAUGUCAUGUGGCGAGCGGUAUGCACUGGCCUUCUUCUGUCUGGACACAGCAUGCGUCAUGAUCUUCACCGUGGAGUACCUGCUGCGCCUUAUCGCCGCGCCCAGCCGCUACAAGUUUGUGAAGAGCGUGAUGAGCAUCAUCGACGUGGUGGCCAUCAUGCCCUACUACAUCGGCCUGGUCAUGACAGACAACGAAGAUGUGAGCGGCGCCUUUGUCACCCUCCGGGUGUUCCGCGUCUUCCGCAUCUUCAAGUUCUCCCGCCACUCGGCGGGUCUGCGAAUCCUGGGCUACACGCUGAAGAGCUGCGCCUCUGAGCUGGGCUUUCUCCUCUUCUCCCUCACCAUGGCCAUCAUCAUCUUUGCCACCGUCAUGUUCUACGCUGAGAAGGGCUCCAACUCCAGCAAGUUCACCAGCAUCCCUGCUGCUUUCUGGUAUACCAUCGUCACCAUGACAACACUGGGCUAUGGCGACAUGGUUCCGAAGACGAUUGUGGGGAAGGUUUUUGGCUCCAUUUGUUCACUUAGUGGAGUGUUGGUGAUCGCGCUGCCUGUGCCCGUCAUCGUGUCCAACUUCAGCCGUAUCUACCACCAGAGCCAGCGGGCUGAGAAACGCCGCGCACAAAAGAAAACCAGGCUUGCUAGAAUUCGUGCAGCGAAGAGCGGGGGUGCUAAUGCUUAUUUGCAGUACAAACGCAAUGGGCUGCUGGCCGACGCCGAGGAGGAGGCAUCAAAGGAAGCAGGGAAGGCGCUGGUUUGUAAGGUGAACCCCACGUUCGAGACCCAACAUCAUCAUCUGUUACACUGCCUGGAGAAAACAACGAAUCACGAGUUUGUGGAUGAGCAAACAUACGAGACGAGUUGUAUGGAGGUGUCAAUGGUGAAGCCGUCCACCUCACGCUCCUCCUCCGUCUCCUCCUCUCCUCAUGGCCUCACCUCCUGCUGCUCACGCCGAAACAAGCGCAAGAGCUUCAACGUCCCUAACUCCAACAUGACCGCCGGCCGCCGGGGCAGCGUGCAGGAGCUCAGCACCAUCCAGAUCAGGGAGAGGCCGCUCAGCAACAGUCGCUCCAGUCUGAACGCCAAGUUUGAGGAGACUGUGCCACUGAACUCGGAGCAGCAACCCUACAUCACGGCGGCCAUCAUCAGCAUGCCCACUCCACCCGUGACCACACCCGAGGGUGGAGACUCGGCCAGCUCACCUGACUUCUUGCAAAGUAACAUCGUUCGAGUGUCAGCACUAUAGACCUUGUAUGCCCCCUUUUUUUAUUCGGCGGAUGGACGCUGGCCAGGGAGGGGAUUGGCGGGAAGCCCUCCCCCGCAACGCAGAGGGAGGCCACGGCUUUGACCCUUUAUUUCAACUCCUGCCCAAAGCCCAGCUUUCUCUGCACUGGGGCAUCAGCUCCGCUUAUGGAUCAGGCUGCAAAGGCCGCCAACGUAAGCCCCCCAGGCUUCUACUCACAGAGGGGGAUUCAAAUGAAAAAAAUGACCACGCUUGUUACAAAUUACUAUGGUUUUUUGAGUAUUGUGUGUCUUCACAUUUGUUGUCUUAAGCUUGGUGGUGGAGAGAGCGAGGCGAAUGUUUUUUGGGGGGCUGUAUCUUGGUGUCGGGUGUGCAUUUGGGUGUUUUUUUGUUUGGGGGGGGUCCUACUUUCUAGGCUAUUAUCGUGCUUUUAGAGAGAUUUGCUCCAACAGAGCUACUUUUGAUACUAUGAGUAAAGCUGAGGUCUUUCAGUUCCAGAGGGAUUCCGAGUGUGUGAGUGUGCGUUUAAGACUAACCUUCUGCAUGUUCUGCAUUCGUAAGUCUGUGUCUCCUUUCGAGUUUUGGCAUGAGCAAUAAGGGUUUGUUCUUUUCCGACAGCGUGUGUGCUCGUAUUUUAUUUGUUAACACCAUGCCUGGUUAAACCUCAUUAAUCAGCAGUCCUUUCCUCUUUAUUCCACCCACACUGCUCUGAAAGUACAAUUAUUAAACACUUAUUAAAAUUAGAUUUUGUGAACAGGAAACACUCUCUCUCACUUUUUCUAUCUCUCUCUCUUUCAUUCUGUCUCUCUCAGUUUAGUUGUCUCUUGAGACCUGGCCUAAUAGCAUUAAGUGGAUCAUUGAUAAUAUACUUCAAACAGCACGACCAGGUAGUGUGGCCUUCCAUACAAAAUCAGUGGACAAUGAAGCCACUGCUUCUUUGAGAGUGUUGCCACUUUCCUUCUUUUCUUCAAGGAAAUAUGUCAGUCAUUCCAUUUUUACUGUCAGACGUUUUAAAUAUACUGUGAAAGAUUUUUUUUUUUUCAAUGUGCAAAACGUGCAUGAUGUUCUAAAGACCACUGGGUUAUGGACCAGCCAGGCCACCGUACCCUGAUGUGCUUUUAGUUUGUGUCUUUUCUUAGUGUACCACUAUGAUACCUUGGAUCACUCCGGCCAAACAUGCCUACUGACCUCCUACAGCAGUGCUCCAGCAGUCUCUAGAGCUUUCGACCAGUUUAAAGACUAGGAGAUGUAUCUUGAAGAUGUGGCUACUGCAAAAGGGAGCCAAAUAUACAAAAGGGGGCCAGAUAUCACUUCUGUAUUUAGUAGCCUAUACAUCAGUGGCUAUGCUCACAUUCAGAAUGUCUAGCACCAUGGGAGAGGGUUGCCUAAUGAUUGUAGAGCAUAUGUACGCAGUGCAUGUAGGGUAUUGUAGUAAGAGAACACAGAUGGAUGAAAACACAAUCUGUUGUGAAACCAAUAAGGCUGGGGGAUGAGAUGUCGCCCUUAAUAAUGUCACAUAACAUGACAAAUAACAACCGCAACCUUGUCUGGACUAAGCGGUUAAAGAUGAUGAUAAUUAAUGAUGAUGACAAAUAAUAUCAUACAUCCUAAUUUUAGGCUGGACUGGCUCUUUAAGCAGAGCUCAGGCACGAGGACAGAAUGUUAGACGUGUUGUGACCUAAUUGGCUCAGUAAUAGGAUCAACACUUCGUGGGCUUAUCACUAUACGGCGGAUUAUUUUAUCAGCACUGUGGCCCCCACUCCUACUCACUGCCGAAUAUCAAAGCAAAUGUAUUCACAAAGCCCCCUCUGAGUCAGAGAGAUGAAUUAGUCAUAUCUCUCUAUCCCUUCUCUCUCCACACACUCUCUCUCUGUCUUGAAUUAGCGAGAAAUUAGCAUAUAAUAUCAAAGGAUAAUUUUUUAUGUCGUUUUCACUGAUGUCAGAAUGAUUUACUGUGUAGAGAAGGCUUGAAUAUGUAUACACACACACACACACACACACACACACACACCCACCACUGCCCGCCUUCUGCUCAAACCCCUCCCCCAUUGCUUGACCAUGUGACUUAUGCAACAAGGUUCUUUUUGUAAAGAUACGCUUUGUAUUAAAGGGGAUAUUCAGGGGGGAAUAGAAUCACACAUAUUUUUCAAAAUCAAACGGUGUUGAUUAUAUAUUCUAAAUGUUAUUUCGGUUGUACAAAAGAGAAAAAAGGGGAAAAAACUCUGAAAGAGACUGUUGCUAGUGCACCUGUGUUGUAAAUUUGUUCUUUGGUGUAGUAAAUAUUUAUCUGAGUUUUAUCGUCACCAUCACGGACCGCCAGCCCUGCAUCACGCUCUCGAGUCCCGGUGCUCCAGGAACGACAAACUGUACCUUUGGUUUUUUUCUCUUUUCUUUUUUUCUGUUCCAAAGUGGACGACAAACAUGAUUGCAUGUGAUGGCAGAGGCCCUUCGCUGAUGGGUCAAGGAAACGACCGCCAUGUCCGUCUCGGGCUCAAGGGAGGCCUUCUGACUCAGAGUGGGAAAAACCCACUUCCUGUUUGUGAGAUGACGCGAAUUUGAGAAAUGAGCAGGAGGACGGCGCGGAGUUCAUCUGAAUUUGUUACAGCUUGUGUUAUAGACAUAUUACAAUAUAUGACUCAUCGAAAAGCUAUGAAAAAAAUGACAAUUCAAUUGUUUAGUCCGGUGCAGUGUCUAUGAAUAAAUAGAAUAAAUCAUUGUCCCAGUAAAAAAUACAGAUAAAACA